CGGCGGCGGCGGGAAAGCAUUUCCCCAUUGCCGCCAUUCCCCUCAAUUGAAGCCAGCCUCAUUUCUUCCGCGACCUAAGCAAGUAAGCAGCUAAGCCUCCCCUCCCUCUCGUCUCUCGUAAUUCCUAUCCCCACCGCCCCAAGGCGAAAUGAUGCAGCUUUACUGAUCCGUCUCGCCCGAUUGGUGCCUCUCUCCUGCCGUGGUAUUGUAAAGAUAGGGAUGGAAGGUGUGCAUGAGAAUGCCAACAAAGGCAUAAAUGAACAAGAGGAGAGCACGGACAGUAACCCCAGCCCACUCUACUCAGACACAAAGUUGAAUAAAAAGCUCCGAUCGAAGGUGUGGGACACCUUCGUGCCUUGCUUUGUUGACGGGAAGUUGGCAAGGGCUGAGUGCAAGCAUUGCCACCAGGUUUUGAAGUGCAUCGGCGCCAAUGGCACUGGCAGCCUGCUACGGCACCAGGCCAAUUGCAGCACCAGGACUCAGAAGAGGUCAAGGCACCAUGAGCACACAUCCUUGCCAGACCCAAAGCAGCAGAAGCUACCUUUCUUGCCAUCCAGCCAAAAGAAAUGCUUAGGUAUAACAGAUGCCUCCCCUGAGGAGAGGCUUGUCUUGCCUGGCACUUGCCCCAGUGACUCAAAUUUCAAGUACCAGGAGGUUGAUCAUAAUGGGUCUCAUGACGAAUUUGUGGUGCCUGAUCAGAAGAAUCCUGCUUCACAUAGUAUUUCUGCUGACAAGAAUACAGAGAUUCAGUCUCAUAAGGAAAUUGCGUUAUCUGAGCAGGUCAUCCCUACUGGCGCUAAUUGGAAGAAUCAGGAGGUUAAACAUAAUUAUUCUCGUGAAGAAAUUAUCAGGGUAUCGUCUAUGUACGGACACCACCCAACCAUGAUGGAACUAGAUAGAUUCAAGAAACUAGUUGCUUACUUGAAUCCCACGGUCAAGAUUCCAUCCUUCAUAGAUCUGAAUGUGCACUCUUGGAAGUCAUUUGAGGAAGAAGAGUCCAAGCUCAAGGAGAAGUUAGUAACCUUGCGCAGCCGCGUCUGCUUGAGUGCUUACGUGUGGCACUAUAACCCAUGCUUGGCAUUCUUGUGCUUGAGUGUUCACUACAUCGAUGAUGAAUGGAAGCAGCAACAAAAGAUCAUUAGAUUUCGCCAUGUGGAUCCCUCUUGCAAUGCAAAAGAAUUGAGCAAUGUCAUAUUCGUGGCUAUUGAAGAAUGGCAUCUUGGAGGCAAGGUUUUCAGUAUUAUACUUGAUGAUGCAUUCAUUGAUGAUACAGUGGCUUCGGAAGUCAAAACCAGUCUCCAGAAAUGGAAUAAACUUGCUGCAAACCAUAGCUUGUUUGUGGUACGCUAUGCAACUCAUUUACUUGAUCAGGUUAUUCAGGUGGGGUUGGAUGAGCUUGACACAUACAUGGAAAAGUCGGCAAAGUUUUCCAAGUAUGCAAUGGGCUCCACUCCUUCAGUAGUACAGUAUUCUAACUGCAGCUAUCGUCUGUCAAAAGAAGAUUGGAUACAUGCAGAGAAAAUUUGCAAGAUGUCGCAAGAUUUUCAUAAACACAUGGACUUCAUGCGCAAUUUUCCUAGUCCAACUAAUUUCUUUGACAAGUUGUGGGUUGUGAAGAAAGAGGUGCACGAAGCUGAUAGGUACAGGCACUCCAGGGAAGAAGAAGCAUUUUCCAAAGUGCGGGAGAAGAUGAAAAGGAAGUUCAUGGAAUGCUGGACCGUAUGUUUCAUGCAUUUUUUUAUGCCUAUGGUCAUGGAUCCUAAUUACCGUCUGAAACACAUCAUGUCCCACCUUGAUUUUAACGCUUUCGAUGAUGACAGAAAAGAUUAUCUUCAACAAGUGCAUGAUACAUUGGCCAGCCUCUUCAAUGAGUAUUCAAAUCUGAAGGAAGACCCUAACAGCGCUUCUGGGGCUAAAACUAGCAAGGAAGCUGUUGUGGAUGGAGAUAUGCUGAUGGAGUAUUACUUUCAUUCUAAAUAUCCAUACGGUGCGCGGCCGUUGUCUGAAUUCGAUCAGUACUUGCAAGAGCCAUGUCUGACAACAGGUGAGUCGAGUGUUCUCCAAUGGUGGAAGGAACAUCACCUGACCUACCCUACAAUCUCUCAAAUGGCACGUGAUAUAUUGGCACUACCGUGCAGUACUGACUGCAAGGAAGCAACAAGGACUGCAAGAAUGGCAAUAACCGAGUCAGGUUACAAAUACUGGGUUGAGCGGCUUGUCUGUGUUCAGAAUUGGCUGAAAACUGCUGGCACCACAGCCGUGGAGCCAAAGGACGAUCUUUAGAAAGAACACUUCAUCCUUCCUAAUGGUCCAUGAUGCAAGGAUGGCAAAUUGUGACACUUGGCGUGGAAUUUGAAGCAAUUUUCGGAUGCUAGGUUUAGUUUCUGAUGCAGCCAGCCGUACUGGGGUUUUGAAUGUAUGAGUAGUGGGGAUCUUCUCAGCGUACUGGGGGUUUUUUGGAUGCUAGAUUUAGUUUCAGAUGCAGCCGUACUGGGCCUCUAAUUUCUGUCACUUCCUUGCAAAAGAAGUUUCAGAUGCUCUUAACCUUAACAGCAUGCUUAAAAAUGAUCCUCGAAUUGAUUAAUAUGUUUCUCUGUGCUCAAAUAUGCACCUGUAUCCGCUUCAAUACUUGUUCUUUGCUGA